UGUUGCCUCUCGGGUGCCGUAUGACUCCCGCGCAUGUGCAGUGAGAGUGUUUGCUUCUGUGUAGCAUGUGUUGAGUUUCUGUGCUGUUUGAAUGAAAGACACUAGACGCUUUUGAUCGUGUUGUAUUAUUAUUGUUCUCAUAAAUAUUAUAACGCGGAUUUAUAUAAGCGUUUAUAGGAAGAAGAAGGAAGAAAGACAAAGCGGGAUGAAUCAGUUUGAACACCUGAAGGAGGAAGACUCCGGUGAGCAGGAGAUGAAGGAGAUCAACGACACCGAUGGAGGAACAAUCAACAACAACAACAACAACAUCAGACGCAAGAUGGUGACUCCGGCUCCAGGUGAACACCCGCUGCAGUAUAACUACACCUUCUGGUACUCGCGCCGCACGCCCAGCAGACCCGCCAACACUCAGAGCUACGAGCAGAACAUCCGGCAGAUGGGCACCGUGGCGUCGGUGGAGCAGUUCUGGAAGUUCUACAGUCAUCUGGUGCGACCCGGAGACCUGACGGGACACAGCGACUUCCACCUCUUCAAGGAGGGAAUCAAGCCCAUGUGGGAGGACGAGGCCAAUAAGAACGGGGGGAAGUGGAUCAUCCGGCUCAGGAAGGGUCUGGCGUCCCGGUUCUGGGAGAACAUCAUCCUGGCGAUGCUGGGAGAGCAGUUCAUGGUGGGAGAGGAGAUCUGCGGCGUCGUCGUCUCCAUACGCUUCCAGGAGGACAUUCUGUCCAUCUGGAAUAAAACAGCCCAUGAUCAGGUGACCACGUCACGGAUACGAGACACACUGCGACGCGUGCUGAACCUCCCGCCCAACACCAUCAUGGAGUACAAGACACACAACGACAGUCUCAAGGAUAAUUCCAGCUUCCGGAAUACGAAGAUCACUUUGUGAAAACCUGGAAAUAAUUUUCAUAUGGACAUUCCUUUAUACACCACGAGCCAGCGGCGCAGAACGAACGCUCUGUGUGUGUGUGUGUGUGUGUGUGUGUGAGUGUGAUGAUGAUGAUGAUGAUGAUGAUGAUAUUGUCCAGAAUUAUUCCAUCGGUUUCAUUGAGUGUUUUAUUCCUGUCAGAUUCAGUGUUUUUGAUUUGAGAACAUGAUUAAAGUUCGGCUCAUGUUUGGAGAACAGCUUUACUGUAAACACACACUUCCAUGAAGCGAUGUCAUCAAACACAACACACACUCUAGGUUGGAAGGAAAUACAGUUUUAAAUAAAGACAUUAGUGUGUAUCUGAUGAACAUGUUCUUCCUCAGACUCAUUUUCAUCCUUAAAUCGAGACACAGCUGCAGAAGCAGAAUCCUCAUCCUGUCCUCUUUUAUUAUUUAUCCAAUGUUUUGAUAUUUUAAACUUUUUUUUAAUAGAAACCAAACAACAAUUUAACAUGUUUCCCCUCAGGAAGAGGAAACUAUUCCUCGUGUUUUCCUUUAAUAAACAGUUUUGCUCGCACA